CUUUUCACGAAGAUGGCGCCGAAAGCAAAGAAGGAAGCCCCUGCCCCUCCCAAAGCCGAGGCCAAGGCAAAAGCUUUGAAGGCCAAGAAAGCAGUGCUGAAAGGCGUCCACAGCCAUAAGAAAAAGAAGAUCCGCACUUCACCCACUUUUCGGAGGCCCAAGACAUUGCGACUCCGAAGGCAACCCAAAUAUCCGCGGAAGAGCGCUCCCAGGAGAAACAAGCUUGACCACUAUGCCAUCAUCAAGUUCCCUCUUACCACUGAGUCAGCCAUGAAGAAAAUAGAAGACAACAACACACUUGUGUUCAUUGUGGAUGUCAAGGCCAACAAGCACCAGAUCAAACAGGCUGUGAAGAAGCUCUAUGACAUUGAUGUGGCAAAGGUCAAUACCCUGAUCAGACCUGAUGGAGAAAAGAAGGCCUAUGUUCGACUGGCUCCUGACUAUGAUGCUUUGGAUGUUGCCAACAAAAUUGGGAUCAUCUAAACUGACUCCGGCUGGCUAAUUCUAAAUACAAUUUUUCA